AGCGAAGCACUCCAACACAUCCUGACGUCGAGUGGCUAUUGAGGCGUCGUCCAAUGAGUACCUUCACUGAAGAACAAUCGCACCCACAAUGGAUCAACCCCGAUUUCUUGCAGGCUGCUCUGAAACAGGAAGAACCUCCGGGAGAAGACAUAAUAGAAUCGAUAAGUGUUGAAAAUGCGUGCCCAGAAGGUUCCGGCUAUAUCAGCCGCAUCUUCAGAGUGGCUGUCUGCACCAGGGUCAAAGGAACGUCCGAGCGUGCAGAGAGACGCCUGAUAGUGAAGUGCUCUGCCGACGAAGGGCUGGUGAAGGCCGAGGCGGACAAGGCAGGGGUGUUCAGGGUGGAGUCCCUGGCACUGGGCAGCGUGAUGCCGGAGGUCCACAGGCUCCUGGCAGCUGUCGAAGGGAGCGCUUUCCGCCCCCUGGCUGCGCGCUGCCUCCGCUGCGGCGACCUCCCGGCGGACUUCCUGGUGCUCGAAGACCUGGCCGCCGAGGGUUUUGUGAUGGCGGAAGCGGGCCGCCCGCCGGACUACGAGCACUGCGCAGCCGUGCUGAAGGCCUACGCACGUCUACACGCCGCUUCGGCGAGGGUCCUCAGAGAUCGCGCCGACUGCAGAGAACGUCUGAGGGCAGACCCGCUGGCCAGCGUGCGUGAUUACAUGCUGCUGCUGACAGGGGGCACAUUCAGGGCUCUGGCGGACCAACUGAGAGCGUAUCCCGAGUACUCCAAGUACGCCGACAGGUACUUACAAAUCAGGGAGGAUACAGUGGAUCGAGUAUUGGAGGAGCGGAGCAAUAAAGACGUCAACCUGCUGGUAAUGCUCCACGGAGACUGCUGGAUGAACAAUAUCAUGUUCAAGUACGACGCAGGGGAAGUAGUUGAUCUUAGGUUCAUCGACUUUCAGCUGUCGACGACGGGCAGCCCCGCUGUGGACGUGCAGCACUUCCUGUACGGCAGCGCCAGCGAGGAGGUGCACCGGCGGCAGCUGGCCGGCCUGCUGACGUUGUACCACGGCGAGCUGCAGAGCACGCUGCGCGCCCUCGGUCUGGCCGCCGAAGCGGACGCCUACCCGCUGGACAAGUUUCUCGAGGACAUGGAACGAACCGCUCCAGUCGGUCUCUUAUACAGCACCUUCAACGUCGUUUACCUCUCUUCGGGGCCCCUGGCAUCAGAAAUCAACAAGUUUUUAAACAAUAAUAAGUACUCGGGACAACUUUUUGCGAAGGCCUAUGCAAACCCGUACUCUCUCUCCUUUCUCAAAUACCUGACACCCUUGUUCGAAACGAAAGGGUUGCUGUGACGAGAGGCGGAGAUUGUUUUUCCCUGUUUUAAUAUAAUGUCAGCUCAGAUAUAAAUUCUCAAACUUCUUUCACAUCUCUGUCUAAACUUUAGGUCUGUAGACUUCUUUUCUUUUCUACCUGCCCCUCCAUAGGCGAGAUGUUUGAAGCACUCCUGUGCACUGUUGCUCGGCUCAGAAUCCUAUUUUGAAUCCUGGUGAUGAAAGCACUUUCCACCAGCAGCAGUAUUUUGCCGGCAAGGCGAAGGGAGAUGGUGGCGUUAAAUUCCUGAUCCCCAAAUCUAUUGCCGACCUCCUCCGUUUGAUGCAAGGAGUGAGGACAAUCGACACUGCUGAUGGUGAUCCAUCUGUCAGAUAGGUUCGUUAAGCUGCUUGAGACCAGUACGCUGUGUCCCAGCACGGGGUUUCUUCCUUCUCUUUCUCUCGCCACCGUACAAUACGAACACGAUACGUCAACAAAGCAAAUGAAGGAACUAACAUGGGCAUGUGCCCAUGUGCAGCCACGCUUCAGUAGCAACGAGGGUACAUCGGUGUCUCACAUCGCAAGCAGGAAAAGUGAUCGCUGAAAAUGCCUACGUGGGCAGCUGGAGUAGCUUAGAGUUAACGUCACGAAAUUUAGUGACGAUGAGAAGGAGCAAGAAAUGACGUGGCGGUACGUACAGGGAAAAUGUUAAAGUCGAUUGAGUGGUCCGUGUACAAAUUACUGCAGGACCGCAAUCCUGACCGGAUGAGAUUCACUUAUCUGCUACGAAGAAGAAGAAGAAGAAGAAGAAGAAGCAAAACGCACACAAUAUAUAUUUUUCUGACCAUUUGGAUGAUCGUCUUAUGAGGCAGCAAUAUCUGAGACAUUAUGAUCAACAUAGUCAGUACCUUAUCGGACACAACUGGACUACAGGGCUAACAUAGAAUAAUUGUUCUUGCUAUGGGAUUUAGUUUUAAAAGUACCCAGAAUAAAAGACUUACCGUCUGCUAACGAUACCACACAGAUUCAGAAAAGGAAAGAGCUGGUCAAUAGAUAAUUGAGGGGAAGUGCCAAGUAUCACAAAUGCAGUGUAUUCCACUUCAUAUGUAAAUUAUCUGAAUCCAAAAAACUGAGAAGCUGUGAUACCACAGAACUAUG